AAAAAAGAUAACUGAAAGAUGGCUACAGCAUUAGUAUCUGCAGGAUAAUCAAUAAGUAAAAUGUUUUCAUUAAUAGAUAUAGUUGGAACUUAUGUACAAUAAGAUAUAGAGACAAGAUUACAAUAAGAAGUGUAUAAAAAGUAAAUAAGAGUAAGAGAAUUCUUUACGGAUUUUGAUCGCCUAAGAAAAGGUUGGGUAACAGAAGAUAAGGUAUUAAUGAUGCAUUAUGAAAAGUUUCGUUCAGCAUUGUCAAUGAUAAAUUUUCAUUUCACUCGUGAUGAAAUUGAAGAAAUCAUCAGAAGAUAUAAACUAAAUGAUGGUUUAGUUUAAUAUACAACAUUUUGUAAUAAGCUUGAAGAAUAAUUCUUGAAUAAUGAAGCUAAGGCAUAAGUUUUUCAAGCUCCAUAAGUAUGAAAUUAUAUAUUGAAAUUAUAGAUUUUCAAUAAAGAAGAGGAAGAAACUGUAAUGAGAUUAAUGUUAGCAAUUAAGAGAAAAAUAGCAACAAAAAGAAUAUUUUUAAAAUAACCAUUCUAAGAUUUUGAUAGAACUGCUUGUUCACAUAUAACGAUAGAUCAAUUUUCUAGAGUUUUGAAUUAAUUAGGCUUAUUACCAAAAGAUCAAUAUUUAUAAUUACUUAUUAGAUAAUAUAUUGAUAAUGGAAAUCCUAAAGAAGUUAAUUAUGUUAAAUUCUGUGAUGAUGUAGAUAAUGUAUAAGAAAUGUUAAGUGGAGUAAUCACUGGAAUCAAACAUAAUCCAAAAGAAGUAAUGAUUUUUAAGUAUCUAGGUUCAUCCUGAUGAUGACUUUAUAGAAGAUAAAGAAGGAUUGGAUUUAAUAUCUACUUUGUUUACAUCUAAAAAAUUAACUGAUAAUAUUAAUACUUUAGAAUAAGUAUUAAAAAAGAUUUAAGGAGAUGUUGUCAUGAAGAGAAUCAGAAUUAGAGAAUUUUACAAAGAUUUUGAUCCUUUAAGAAAGGGAUUAAUUACUGAAUCUCAAGUAAUUUUGUAUUAUUAAUUAUAGUUUGCUAGAAUAUUACAUUUACAAAAUAUUCCUGUUACUGAAAAAGAAAUAUCUAUACUAUUAAAUCAUUAUAAAAUAGACAAGAUUCCUAAUGGAUAAGUAGAUUAUAAUCAAUUUUGUGAAGAUGUUGAUAAGAUCUUUACAAUUAAAGGAAUCGAUAAAUCACCUUAAGCUUAAGUUCCACAAAUUGAUGAUACUACUACUCUCCCAGCUAGAAGAAGAUAUCUUUAAAUGACUGAACAAGAAGCUAUUUAAUUAGAUGAAUUAUUAAUGAAAUACAAAUAAGCAAUUCAAAACAAAAGAGUUCUUUUAAAACCUGUCUUUGAAGAUUUUGAUAAAACCAAACAGGGUUAUAUAACAACCAAUCAAUUCUUAAGAAUACUUAAUUAAUUUAAUCUGUUUCCUGAUCCUGUUUCAUUGAACUUAUUAUUAAAGAGAUUUGUCGAUAAAGCAAAUUUGAAUGAAGUGAAUUACUAUGAUUUCUGUAGAAUAGUUGAUUAAUCAGAUGAAGGUGUAGCUAUAAGUAAAUCUCAUGCUGAUGCAUUUAAAAAUUAUGUUAAAUCAGAUAAUGUUAGUUAAGCAUUUAUUAGAAAUGAUCAACCAAAUGAUUUUGAAGAUCUUAUGGCUAAAUUAAGAAGAAUUAUUAAAGAAUAAAGACAAAGAAUAGCUGAAUUUUUGAGAGAUUUUGAUAAAUUGAGAAGUGGAACAAUAACAGUGACUUAAUUAAGAAAAGGAUUAAGUAUGGCUAAAAUUUUAUUGUCUGAUGCAGAAUUUCAAUUAAUUCUAUAAAACUUUGGAUGCAAAGAUAAAGCUAACUUUGUAUAUUGGAAAGAUUUUACUGAUUAGGUUGAUUAAGUAUUCACAACUAAGAAUUUAGAGAAAGUAAGUCCAUCAGAAGAAGUACCUAUGAUGUCAACGUAAUAUAAUUAUGGUAGAGUAUCAAUUACAGAAAGAGAUAGAUAAGUAGCUGAAGUUGUCUAAAAGAAAUUUUAAUAUUUUUGUAAAGCUACUAGAUUGGAUAUUAAAUAAUUUUUUUAGGAUUGGGAUAAAUUGGGUAGAAAUAAAGUAUCACCCAAAUAAUUUAGACAAACUUUGGCUACUGUAAAUUUCAUUUUAACUGAUGAAGAAUUCUAAGCUGUUGUUAAGAUUUAUGCUGCUGAAGAUGAUGGAGAUAUUAGAUAUGUUCAAUUUAUAAAUGAUACUCAACCUCCAUUAGAAAUACAAACAGAAUCUGGAGCGUCUUAAGCUUAUGUUGGUGUAAAACCUAAAGAGAAAGAAAAAGUAUAUAAAUUAUCUAAUUAUUAUUUAGCUUUAACCAUCUGUAUUACUAGAAUAAAUUAAAGUUGCUGUUAAAAUUAAAAGAUUAAGAUUAGGAGAUUAUUUUAAAGAUUUCGAUCCUUUAAGAAAAGGCUUAAUGCCUACUAAUAAAUUUAGAGGAGUGUUGAGUUAAAUGAAGAUAGAUUUAGAUUAAGAAAGUCUAGAUUUAUUAGAAACUAUGUAUGUAGUACCUGAAGAUCCAAUCAGAGUUAAUUAUGCAAAAUUUAUUGAAGAUGUUGAAAUUGUAUUUACUAAAUCAGUAAUUAUUAAUAUUUACUAUUAAAAUAUAGGGAUUAGAUAAAGAUCCAUUAAUGAAACCUCCUGUUCAUGUUAUUCCAACUUUCUUAGAUCCAAGAGAUGCUUUAACUACAGAAGAAGAAGAAGCUUUACAUGCUAUUAUGUUAAGAUUAGGAGAAGUUGUUAAAAAACAUAGAAUUCUACUUAAACCUCACUUUCAAGAUAAAGUAUUAAAUUAGAUAUUAUGUAUAGGAUAAAACUAAAUCAGGGAAAAUUACUUUUACUAGAUUCAGAUCUAUAAUGGAUUUUCAUAAAUUACCGUUAACUGAUGAUUAAUUUAGAGUUAUUUGCAAAAGGUUUUGUUAAAUUGAUAUUAUUUAUUAGAUUUGCUUACUAGGGGAUUGAAUUUAAUUAUGUAGAGUUUGAUGAAAUAUUAAAGAAAUACGAGAAUUUUAAUCAAUGAAUUAUAAAC